AGUUGGCUCUCUCCCUUAAUCUAUCUAUAUAUACUGGCGGAGAGAUUUUGGGCUUCAUAAUUCAAGGCGGAGAGAGAGGCGGAGAGAAAAAUGUUGUCUCAGUUAUUGAAACCCAUUAAAGCUGUCUUCAAAUCAGAGCUCCAAAAGUUCAUCCAUAAGGAUUUCCAUGAGCUUGUUCAAAGGAUGACCGUUAUUGAUACCUUUUUGUUCUUGAUUGUGCAUUUUGUUGAUAAAUUCGGAGUUUGGCAUAAGCUUCCAGUGAUUUUGGGAUUGCUUUAUCUAGCAAUUCGUCGCCAUCUUCAUCAAGAAUAUAACUUGAUCAAUGUCGGGCGAAUCCCAGUUGGAGUUCGGUCCAAUCUGGUGGAUUUACCGUACCGAACCGCCGAUGGGAAGUAUAAUGAUCCAUUCAAUGAAGCUGUAGGUGCCCGAGGAUCGUUCUUUGGUAGAAAUAUGCAGAUUAUUGAUCAAUCUAAUAAGCUCUUGAGCCCGGAUCCUAUGGUGGUGGCUACAAAGCUUCUAGCAAGAAGAAAGCUUAUAGACACUGGAAAGCAAUUCAACAUGAUCGCUGCUUCUUGGAUUCAGUUCAUGAUUCAUGAUUGGAUCGAUCAUUUGGAGGAUACCAAACAGGUUGAGUUGGUGGCUCCACGUGAGGUUGCAAGUGAGUGCCCAUUAAAAUCAUUCAAGUUCUUCAAGACAAAACAGGUUCCAACCGGCUUUUUCCAAAACAAAACCGGAUCGAUUAACGUACGAACUCCUUGGUGGGAUGGAAGUGUUUUGUAUGGAAGCAAUGCAGAAACGUUGGGGAAGGUGAGAACUUAUAAAGAUGGGAAGCUCAAGAUUGCCGACGAUGGGCUUCUUCUUCACGACAACGACGGUGUUGCCAUCUCCGGCGACGUUCGGAAUAGCUGGGCCGGUGUCUCCACCUUGCAGGCUUUGUUCAUUAAGGAGCAUAAUGCCGUUUGUGAUGCCUUAAAGAAGGAAGAUCUAGAUUUAGAAGAUGAAGAUUUGUAUCGACAUGCAAAGCUCGUGACUUCGGCUGUGAUUGCUAAAGUUCAUACCAUUGAUUGGACUGUUGAGCUUCUCAAGACUGACACUUUGCUUGCAGGAAUGCGUGGCAACUGGUAUGGAUUAUUGGGGAAGAAAUUCAAAGACACGUUUGGGCACGUUGGAGGAGCCAUUUUGGGAGGUUUAGUGGGUUUGAAACAGCCCGAUAAUCACGGUGUCCCAUAUUCCUUGACGGAAGAAUUUACUAGUGUCUAUCGCAUGCACCCACUCUUACCUGAUGAUUUCCACCGUAGAGAUGUCUCGGUUGAACCCGAUCACAACAAAUCUCCACCGUUGAUCGAAACAGUGCCAAUGGGGAAUAUGAUUGGGCUCAAAGGAGAACAGGCCUCAAAGGAGAUGGGCUUUAGGGCCCUAUUAGUUUCAAUGGGCCAUCAAUCCAGUGGAGCCCUAGAGCUAUGGAAUUAUCCAGUGUGGCUCAGGGAUCUCAUAGCCCAUGACAUGGACGGCAAGGAUAGGCCCGAUCAUGUUGACCUUGCAGCCCUUGAAAUUUACCGGGACAGAGAGAGAAAAAUUGCUAGGUAUAAUGACUUCCGCAGGGGAUUAUUUCUCAUUCCAAUCUCCAAGUGGGAAGAUCUAACGGACGAUAAAGAAGCGAUUGAAGUGCUUCGUGACGUGUACGAUGAUGAUGUGGAGAAGCUCGAUAUUUUGGUGGGGUUGAUGGCAGAGAAAAAAAUUAAGGGCUUUGCUAUAAGCGAGACUGCUUUUGUCAUUUUCUUGCUCAUGGCUUCAAGGAGGCUAGAAGCAGAUAAAUUCUUCACGAGCCAUUUCAACGAAGAAACAUACACGAAGAAGGGAUUAGAAUGGGUGAACUCCACCGAGAGCUUGAAAGAUGUUAUAGAAAGACAUGAACCCGAGAUUUCAAAGAAAUGGAUGAACUCAUCAAGUGCUUUCUCGGUUUGGGAUUCUCCUCCCAACACUCCCAACCCUAUUCCUAUUUACCUUCGUCUUCCUCAUUGAUUCUCAAUAUUCGUGUUCAUCGGUUCAUGUAUUAUAUUGUAUUCUUCAUGUUUUUCAUUUCAAAUUUGAAUUUUUAUUCUUAUAUUUCUGGAAUAAGUCGAUAGUUCUUGUUUUAACGAA